AUGUCUUUGAGUGCUUUGGAUCUGUUUAAUGUUAAAGGGCGGGUUGCAUUGGUUACGGGUGGGAGUAGUGGAAUUGGGCUUAUGAUUUCCAGGGGGCUAGUAUCAAACGGAGCCAAGGUAUAUCUCGUCGCACUCCCGAGCGAUCCCAUAACCGAAGUUGUCAAUGAGUUGAAUGGGCUGGGUCGUGAAUCCGGUGGAAGUGCUGAAGGUUAUGUGUGUGAUGUAUCAUCAAAAGAAGCCAUCUCACGCCUUGCCCAAAAAAUAUCUGAAAAGGAAACGGCUCUGGACAUCCUCGUCUCAAAUGCCGGUAUCAGACGAGAUCCCCCUUUAGCAUGUAAUGUGCUCACUGCAUCCGUGCAAGAACUUCAACAGUCAAUGUGGUCAAUCCAAAGCAAGGACUGGGAAGAUACAUUUCGAGUCAAUACUACGGCCCAUUAUUUUCUCAGUGUAGCUUUUCUUCCUCUCCUCGCGGCUGCAGCGAACCAACCGACCAAUACUGGAACAAAGGGACAAGACGAAGGGCGAGGGGUCAUUGUGGUGACUAGCUCAUGUGCAAGCAUGCACAAUGCCACCAAUGUUGAUCUAACAAGCUAUGCAACAAGCAAGGCUGCUACGGAUCACCUUGUCAAGUUGUUGGCGGCAAAGUACAAUCGUUUUUAUGUACGCGUGGUUGGAAUUAAUCCAGGUUUCAUCCCCAGCAAUAUGAACCCCGUCGGGGCCGAAGGAAAUAUAUUCAGCUCCUUGUUUGAGAAGGUCCCAGCAAAACGGGCCGGCAAUUCCGAUGAUAUAGUUGGCACUGUGCUAUAUUUGGUCAGCAAGUCGGGGCUUCAAAACCCUCUCGUCAUGUCGGUGGCAUUCUUGGCAGAUCCAUCUCAAUCUCAAAUAUCAACAGAAGACUUACACAAUGCCGCUUCUAAGCUUGGGCUCAAGAUCCCUCAAGGCUCGGAGACCGAGGCCUAUUUGCAUCUGCUCCAGUCAGCAGAAGCCGCUAUGCGACGAAUUCAAAGCGACGAUGAUUACAUCCACCCCGCCCUGUCUCCGGUUGAAACAACAACAGCUCGAAGAUACUGGGAGCCAGAAAGCAAAGAAAAUCCUUUGAAUGCUUGGAAACACCGCUGUGAGCUCAUUGCGAGGACCCCGAACAACAAUACUCUUCAAAACCGGACAAUCGCCAUAAAAGAUAAUAUAUCAGUUGGAGGAUUGCCCACAACCGUUGGAACAUUCAAGGAGCUGCUGUGCAGAGAAGAUGGCAGUCUUCCGGUCUCUACAAUAGAUGCCUCUGUAGUCUCACGCAUUUUGCAGGCUGGUGCAACGAUCAAAGGCUCUUCAAACUGUGAGAACUAUUGCGCAUCUCCUCUCUCCUUCAGUGCGGCAAAUGGGCCGGUUCACAAUGCCUGGAUGUAUGGGCAUACUUCUGGAGGAAGUAGCAGUGGUUCUGCGAGCCUUGUGGCUGCUAAUAUUGUUCAAACUGAACAGGGGAAAUCAUUUGGGGAAAUAGUUGAUCUGGCAAUCGGGGGUGACCAAGCAGGGUCAGUCAGGAUUCCAGCAGCGUACAGUGGAAUAUACGGUCUUAAGCCAACGUAUGGGCUUGUUCCGUAUACCGGUGCAGUGCCUCUGUCGCCUAUGAUUGAUCAUCUGGGUCCUCUUGCUAAUAAUUUGGAAGACAUUGCAUUGCUGCUCCAAGUUAUGGCAGGCUAUGACGGGAUUGACCCCCGCAUGACCCCAGAAUCACCACUGAGAUCCCAGGUGCAGGACUAUCCGCAGCUUUUGGCACAAUUUCGAGAUCGCAAACUUGAACAAGGAGAGAAUCUUGGCUCUGGGCUAACUAUCGGUCUUCUCACAGAAUCAUUUGAGAUACAGGGGCUAUCUCAGGAAGUUCGCGAUACCGUUCGACAAUCAGCUCGAGAGUCGUUCACGGCUGCUGGGGCGAAAGUCGUGGACAUUUCUAUUCCGAAGCACCGCGAUGCUGCUGUCAACGUGAUGCUCAGCGGGCCCUUUCUUCAAGAUAACUUUGGUCCCCAGGUCGAGGCCAAGGCCCAUCGUAAGGUGUUUGAGCUUCGGGCAGCAUAUGACGAGGCGUUCAUGCAAGUGGACAUCCUUGUCACACCUUGCGCACCCACGGUUGCGAUGCCACACCCCACGAUGCACACGAAUGAAGAUGGAUCUCAUUCGAGUGUCAUAGACAAACUAUCCGCGGCGGUUGGCGUGACGACGAACACGGCGCCAUUUAAUGUCACUGGUCAUCCUGCGCUGAACGUGCCAUGUGGGUUCGGUCAAGACUCGAAUGCGCCCGGGGUUAAACUGCCGAUUGGCAUGCAACUCGUGGGACGUCGAUGGGAAGACGCGACAGUGUUGAAAGCGGCGGCAGUGUUUGAAGAAGGGAGAAAUCCAACGUAA